CUCGAUCUCGAUGCGAGGGAGCGGGCAUUGCUCGCCUUUUCCUCCGUUUCGAAACCGUCACCCCCGCAAUCCCCGCUCGUAUUUUGCUCGCUCAUCCAUCGAUCCCCCAACCCAAUCACGAAACUUUUUUGUGUCUUCUUCUCCGGCCUUCGAUCGAUUCUCACCCAACUGGAAUGCACACGAUCAUACAUACGCACACCUCCGAUCCUUGCUGGGUCAUGGCCACGACCACGCACGGAGCGCGUACGUGACGCGCGCAUGUGCAUGCGCGCGGCCACUAUUACUGCUAGCGCAGCGCGCCGUGCCACCACAGCUCCAUCUCGUUCUCACUAGGAGUCGAGGCUGAAUCUGUCACUGCCACUGCUUGCAUGGCGAUCGAGCGGCGGCGGCCGGGCGAUCGAGCAAUGGCGGGCGCGGGGCGAGAGCGAGACGCGGACGCCGCCGCCAAGGCGCAGGCGGCGCGGGAGGUGUGCGCGGCAUCGGCGGCCUUCGCGUCCUGCACGCACCGCCGCCGCCGCUCCCCGCACUUCGUCGACUGGUACCUCGUCCUCGCCAUCGGCGAGGCCGCGUCGGAGGACGCCGUCAGGCGGCGGUACCGACAGCUCGCGCUGCAGCUGCACCCGGACAAGAACAGGCACCCCAAGGCAGAGGUCGCCUUCAAGAUCGUCUCUGAGGCGCACGCGUGCCUGACGGACAAGGUGCGCCGGCGAGCCUUCGACGUGGAGCGGCGCGCCAGCCUCUGCGUCGCGUGCCACGAUCGCCACCACGUCACGGCGGCGGCGGCGUCGCCCACCACUACCGACAGGAGGACGGCUGCGUCGGCGUGCGGCGCUGCGGGACGUGCAGAGCCGCGCGGCAGGAGGCCUCCCGCCGCGCCGGUGCAGGCGCUGCGGGACGUGCAGAACCGGCUGCGGGACGAGUGCAGGGUCAUCGACAGCUGCCUCCGGGCCAACAACGCCGCGGCCUGCGCGCGGCGGCGCCAGUCGUUUCCGCUCUUCGACCCGUCCGACCGGUGCCGGUUCCCCGAGUACCCUCACGCCCGCCCGCCGCUGCCGCCACAGUUCGGCCAUGCGGAGUUCCGCCGGUUCGAGGAGCAUCUUGGCCGCAUGGACCAGAACCAGAACCAGAGGUGGUGCAGAAGCGGAGGUGAGUCGCCUGUGUACCAGAUCAGGACGGCGCCAGCAGAGCGGACCGCGCGUUCCUGGUGAACUUAGCAUUAGCGAAGUGCAAAUUUUUAGGUUCCUUCUUCUCCCUCUCGAAAAAGAAGUGUUCAGAUUUACAUUCAAAUUCCUUCCUCUUCGUCCAGUUGAUAAAACUGGUUUUUAGAUCAGCUGUACUUAAGAGAUUCGAAAAGCAUUGCAAUGAAGAGGAUCUAAGGACAA